UGGCUCUCUGCAUCCCCGAAACGCCUUCCUUCAGUAAGCAGAGUGCUUGAGUGCAUCCCUUUUGACCUGCUGAUAUGUAGAUCACAACAUCUGAUGCUUCCUGGAAUUGCCGAUUACUGUAACUGCUGCCCAUCUGUCAAUGAAGGAGCAGUUUCAGAACUCAGACUUGGGGGAGGAAAAGUAAUUAAUGGAAGUUAUAGAAUUAACCAAAGAUCUUCUGUCAACUCAACCUUCAGAAACUCUUACAAGUUCAGACUGUUUUGCUUCUGCUCAGCCUACUCAUUCAUGGAAAGUAGGGGACAAGUGUAUGGCAAUCUGGAGUGAAGAUGGACAGUGUUAUGAAGCGGAGAUCGAGGAGAUAGAUGAAGAAAACGGCACCGCUGCAAUCACCUUUGCUGGCUAUGGCAAUGCUGAAGUGACUCCACUGCUGAACCUCAAGCCUGUAGAAGAAGGAAGGAAGGCAAAGGAGGACAGUGGCAGCAAACCCAUGUCAAAAAAAGAAAUGAUUGCCCAGCAGCGUGAAUAUAAAAAGAAGAAAGCUUUGAAAAAAGCACAGAGAAUAAAAGAACUUGAGCAGGAGAGAGAGGACCAGAAAGUGAAAUGGCAGCAGUUUAACAACAGAGCCUAUUCUAAGAACAAAAAAGGCCAGGUAAAGCGGAGUAUUUUUGCUUCACCUGAGAGUGUAACUGGCAAAGUUGGAGUAGGAACUUGUGGAAUUGCUGAUAAACCUAUGACACAGUAUCAAGAUACCUCUAAAUAUAAUGUCAGGCAUUUGAUGCCUCAAUAAUCAGAAAAACUGUUGGAUUUCAUCUCUGCAGGGCUUUACAUUUACCUUUUUAUCCUUAUAUUUUUCUAAAGGUAAAUUAUUUGUUAGAUGAGUAAGGAAGAUACCUUGUCAUUGUUUGACUUCAAUAGAAUGAAACUUGAAGAAAUUGCAUAUUUGAUAACUGCUAUUCAUUUAACUUUCUUCAUUACUACUACCACCACCACAGUUUCCUCCAAGUUCGUUGGGUAGAGCAACUCUUCUAGACAGAUGCUGCUUAAAUAAAGCACUUAAAUGAAUUGUUGAUCUUCCUAAUAUCGCCCCCACUUACCUGAUGGCAUAUGCUUUUUGUAAAGUCCUAACCUGAAACUUUCAGAACCUUUGAACUUGCCACAUAUUCUAGCAAUUCAGUGGAACAUCAAGGCAAAACACCAAACUUCUACAGAGAUCUUUUUUUUUUCCUUAAACUUGGCUGUUGGCCAGUUAAACCUAAAAAUAGAUUAAUUUGUAAAUGGUAAAGUCUGUUUUGAGGCUUUUCCUUCUAUAACUUGUUUCCCAAGCCAUCUCUAAAAUUGAUCCAGCUCUUUUACUCUUUUUUAUUGAGUUUUAGUUUUACGUAAGAAACCACAUUUAGGACCAGCUGCCUUUUCUAAUGUCUCUCCCCACCCCCUUUCUCCCACUUCCCCCCACCCUCUCUUUCUUCUUUUUUCCUGUGUUGGUUUUUCACUUAACGGUAGUGGUACCAUUUUUUCGGAUGUGAAAUGUUUAUAUGAGAAAACAAAAAGCUGAUGUAUAGCCCUGUAUACAGUGUAGAUACUAUUUUUGUAAAAAAAAAAAAACAAAAAACCAUAAACCAAGCCUAAAUUAAUGAACAGGAGUACUGAAUGUUUCGUCAUUAAAAAUUUACUGUAUUUCUUGUGCAUUAAUCUGACCAUAAUUUCCCCUGUACAUUAUGUUCAUGUUAGCUGAAUUUGGAAUUUUUGUUAACUAGAUCAAGUUGUCGGCGUUUGCUGGUGUGAGUGAACAUCACAGUUAUCUCGAGUUGAGUUUAAGCCAAAUACAUGCGUAGAAAAGGAUCUUCUAUUAAUGGAAGGUGGUGAUUUUUAGGAUGUGUUAAUUUCAGUUUUUGUAUGUUUAACUUUUAUUAAAUAAAAUGCUUUAAAAUCCUCCAGGGUGUGUCCUCAGAAAGGUAAAGGCUUAGCUGCCAGCAUUGAUAAUGAUUAAGCCUCAGUGUACUUGCAUACGUCAUUUCCACAGAAGAGAAUGAGUAUGAUAAAGAUUUCAAUAAACCUUUUUGUACUCCUCUUCCACUAGACAUAAGGAAUUGGAUUCUGAAGGUUAAACCAGUUUUAUUUCAAGGACUUGAGCUUUGUAUAGAGUUGGCAAAUUUUUGGUAAAAGGGAAAGAAUUUUUUAUUUCAUGAAUUUUAAUUUUUUGGUAAAUUGAAACUUUCAGGGGGAUAGUGGUGAGAGGUAGAAUUUUUCAUCGUGCUCCUUCACCCCCCGACCCAGGAGAUUACUUUUACUUCCUUUAACUUAUGGCCACAGGGAUAGAAUAAAAGGUGAAGUAUGUUUUAAAUACAAGGUACAAAUUACAGUGAAAAAACGGGCCACUUAGCCUGAAAAACUUAUUAAAUAUACUAAUGUUCUUGUUACUAGUUGUGUUAUGCUAAUAAUAAUAUCCUUGAAGGAUUGCAAUGGAACCCUUUUAAUUAAAAAGUACAGGACAGACAUUUGGUAUAAUUGAAUGACCACCCAAAAUGGGUUUUGGUGAGAUCACUUAGUAUGCUUGUCAUUCAUCUGGUGCUUGUGUGUUGAGACUUGUACCUUGUUUGACCCUAUGGACCUUUUCUGCAUAUUAAUUUUUUUGGAGGGUUUUGCAGUAGGACAAGAAGGAGUAAAGGUGAUCAUAUUCUAUGACAUU